CACGGAACCGAUCCCCAGACUACACAUGUAGUUGGGACUCUGGGUUACCUUGCACCAGAGCUCACCAAGACCGGCAAGGCAACUACAAGCACAGAUGUGUUUGCCUUUGGUGGAUUUUUGCUUGAGGUGGCUUCUGGAAGAAGGCCAAUAGAGAUAAGAGCAUCAGAAGAAGACGUAGUGUUGGUAGACAAAGUUCUGGAGUGCUGGAAGGCAGGGACUAUUCUGGAGGCAACGGAUCCUAACUUGGGGAAUGAAUAUAUUGUCGAAGAGAUGGAGAUGGUGCUAAAGCUUGGCCUUCUUUGCUCACACCCCAACUCCAGUUCUAGGCCUCCUAUGCGGCUGGUGAUGCGAAUACUGGAACGCGAUGCUCCCCUUCCAGAGAUACCUGAAGAUGGCUGGAAUGCCGAAAUUUCAGCCAUGGGAGAGGGAGGGUUUGAUAAUUUUGGUAUGUCAGAUAGUUCACUGUUAACAAUGUCCGCCUGCUCACCAUCAACAAUGGAAUCUCUUCCCUUGACGGGCCGUUGAUGGUGAUAAAUGUUUGUAAAAGCAAUGUUUAAAGUAUACCUUUGCUUCGUGUUAUGCAUGUAAUUAUGAAUGAUUUUUGUAGCAGUAUGGUUGUUGCUGCAAUAUAAUUGAAAAUCAAAACAGAUGUAGUUUGCUGAGAAAAAGAAAUCCAGUAGAUAAACAAAAUCUGGAAUGAAAGGAAAUUGCUCAA